AUUCCUCAUUCCAAAGACUACUGUAUACGCCGAUUAUCCAUUUGCUUCGACGCAGGAAUCUCUGCAGGAUUUAGGCCUAGGUUACCGCAACAUCAUAGGGGUUUCGUACCAAGUUCAAACAUUCGUGUUUUGGUCUCACGUUGCAAAUACUUCGUGUCUCACAGGUUUCUCACAAUUGACUUGUCGCGACGACCUAUGACCUGUGUCUCCCUGAGUUCUUUCUUCACUUGGCUUGCUUGACGGCUUUCCCUGCCGAUAUUACUCAAAGAGCCUCUAGCUCGGCGCACAGCCGCGGUGCGCAUACGUCCAAACACGUUAACUCUUUGACGUGCACCGACUAACUUCGCCACAAAGAACAUGACUUUUGAAGCCAUUCAAAAUCAACGGACUUCCUAUUUACUCUUGCAAUGGAUAUAUUUGACCUAGCAAUGGUUCACCUUCCUCUGGAAUAGUCGGCUCAUGCUUUGGUGGACACCGUACAAGUUAUGGCCCAAUAUCUAGCUCAGUUUGGCCUAUUAUGACUCGGACCAUGCUACACAUAUGGUUGGCGAAUCAAAAUGUGGUAUGGCCCUGUUUGUUGAUCAAACCGCCAUAUUUUCCUUGACUCGGAUUCCGACAUAUAUAAGGAUCCAGCUAUAACCACAUAUUGCAUCUUACUCGAACGAUCAUACAGCUACCACAGCUACCACAAAUACGAUGGCUCGUCCCAGAACUCCGCCGGGACCUUAUUCUUCAAAGUCGUCACUCCAUGCCACUGCUGACGUUGAUCCGCUGGCGCCACAAUCCGAUCUCACAUACCUGUCUAAGUUUCCUCUCGACAUCAAGCUUCAGGUGCUACGAGACUUGCUACCCACCCUUGCCGGACUCUAUGUGCCCAUAGGGAGCGGCCCAACACAUGAGGCGCAGGUCAACAAAGUCCGCAAUGGAGUAUACUCACUCGCCAACAUCGGCCCCGAUGUUCACUAUUGGCAUUCGAUAUUGAAGACCAAACCUUGGCAUGCCUUACUUUUCGUAGACAAAGCUCCUCUCAGAAUCGUGACGCUGCCUAACCAGGCUCUAGAUUCCACGCAGGAGCUCACCAUAUUCUGGCUACCACUGUCAGCCGCACAUUCAAGUCCACAAACACACUACUCAGAGGCAGAGUUAUCCCUACUGAUGCAGGAACUUUCUGUAUAUCUCCAAAAGGCGUCCGCCAUUCACACACUUUCUAUCGUUCACAUGCAGCGAGAUGAUUCGUUCCUGACAUCUUUAGUGACUGGACUUCCUCUCGCCCAUCUUCUGCCUCGUUUACGCAAGUUCUCGAUUAUCGGCGGUCAUAUGGAUGUCGAUCAUUUUCUCUCGACGUCCCAUUCUAGUCGGUUGGAGCACCUCUGCUUACAGGAUGUGAGUAUUGAUUAUCCCGAUGUCACGAGGAGUCAUGGCGGUGGCAACAUGUCUCGUCUACGCCACUUGCAACUCGUCGACGUCAAGAGUCAUCAUCACCUCGUUUCCAGGAUUCACUCUUCUUCAUCCUCGCUCGUUCUUGAAAUCUACAACUUCCAUCACCAAUGGUCUCUCACAGGCACCCGGAUAGCCAUCCCUCGCCAAUGGGCCUCUCUUCAUCAUCUCACCUUGGGCAUCCUAUACACGUCACCCUUCCAAAGACCUUUAACAGAAGAACACGCUCUCAAGAAAGUGGUCUGGAAAUUACCACGGAAGCUUCGAAGUCUCACGUUAUUGAUUGAUGGCAAGACGUGUUGGGAAGACUGGUUCGCUCUGUCUCAGCUCUUGAAACCCAAGGACCAGAAUAGGAGGAGGAUCAAUGUGGAAGACAUCGCGAUGGCGUUUUUCCUUGCCAACGAGGAUAUCAUGGGUCCUAGCGGAUCAUUCAAGAAGUUGACUGUCAUAGCCACCCCACUUCGCACCAAUGUGCCAGGUCUUGAAGAGGCAGCGGAGAAUACGAAAAACAGGAUAGAGUCCUUUUGCGGAGAGCGGGAGGUGGAAUGUGACUUUAUUGAAUGUGAAGAUUUGACUGUGUAUGUUGGCCAGCAACUCACUCACUCUUUCCACCCUAUGUGGCUACCGGAGGAUGACGAAUAGUGGGCGGCAGCGUUCAUAGAUACGAGGCAAUUUGCAUCACAACAAUUCACAUCCUCCAUCGGAGGCUACAUAUGUAUCAAGUACAAUGUGAUAUAGUUCAUUGUGCUUUCUUUAGAAACUGUGUUCGUCAAGCUUCAAGACUGACUUGAAAUGCACCUGUCGACAUGAA